AUGUUCAAAACUAGUGUUUUAUCUCAUGAUGGAACUGAAGCAAAAAACUCCACUUCAAGUUCUGCCAUAUCAAAACAAAAAUCAAUUACUAACACUAAUCGAUUGCCAUCACCACCACCAAAAAAAAUUAAAAAAGAAGAUGCAAAAUUAAAUAAUACAUUUGCCACACUUUUUGGGUCUCCAAUACAGCCUUCAAAGUUACCACUGACUACAUCAAAAUCAACAUCACAAAAGUUGUCUUCCUCAGACAAAUCGCAAAUUAAAAUUAAGAGUAGCCCACAUCAUAAAGAGGAUAAAAAAGAUAAAGACAAAGAAAGAGAUAAAGAGAAGAAGAAAUCAAAAGAAUUAUCUAUAGACAAGGUAAAAAAAGAUAAAGACAAAAAAGAAAAAGAAAAAACUAAAGAAAGUUCUGAAAAAUCAAAGUCUCUCAAACAAAGUAGUUCUAAACCUGAAAAAAAAGAAUCUAAUCAUCAUGAAAAAAUUAAAGAAAAGUCAAAUGACGCCAAAUUAGAAAAGAAAGAAUUUAAGGAUAAAAGCAAACGGGAUGAUAAAGUAAAAGAGAAAAAUAAAGACAAAUCUCAUAAAGAUGAAAAGUCAUACCAUGAAACCAAGAUUAUAAAACAAGAAAUAAAAACUGAUUUUAAUGAUCAAGAAAAAAAGAAACAUAAAAAUUCGCCAGAAUCAAUUAAAAUAAAGUCUGAUAAAAAAAUAGAAAAAUCUGAAAAAUCAUCUAAACCUCAUAAAAGUCACAAAGAGCAUAAGAAAAGAGACAAGAGAGAUAAAGAAGAAAAAUUAAUUAAAAAAGAAGAAAAAUCUAGUUUUGUUGAACAAGAAUCUUCAUAUAAGCACCUUGAUAUACCUCAAACAGCUACAUUAAUAGAAGAGUUUCCAAAAGUUAAGGAAGAAAUACUAGAGUGUUUGCAGCCACCAAAAGCUAAUUCUUCAAGAGUUCAUGAACCUGAGCUCGAGUCUGAAGAAGAAUUUCUUUCUGAAGAUAGUGAACCACCUUAUCAACCACCAGAACCACCAAAGCCUAAAGAACCAGAACCACUCAAAAAGAAGCUUUCUCCAGAAAAUAAUUUUAUAAAAAAGAAAAAACGAAAAAAGAAGGAACGUGACACAGAAGAAACUAAACCAAAAACGAGCCGACUGGAAAUUGCAGAACAUGUACGAGAAACGUGUUCAGACAUUUCUAGAUCGCCAUCACCGUCRCACAGUAACAACAAAUUUACAGAUGAAUAUAUAAACUCAUUAAAACAUCUUCAACAUAAGAUAAUGAUGCUAGAAGAUGAAGACCUUCAAAGGGUAGUUACUGUAAUAGCCGAAACUGGACAUUAUGAAAUAACUACAAAAACUUUUGAUUUUGACCUCUGUGCUUUGAAUGAAACUACUGUGAAAAAAUUACAAGAACUUAUUACUUAGUUUAUUUAACUUAUAAUAUAUCCAUACCCAUACAUUUAUAUAUUUAUAUUAAACUUUAAUUUACUUGUUUAAAACUGAUAACAUAAGUAAAUAAUAGCAGACUUCCAAAAAUAAAUAAUAUAAAUUACCUUUUGUUGGUAUGUAUAAAUUUUGUUGUGGACAAGGCUAUAUGACUGUAUUUAUAUGGUAUAAUAAAUGAUAAUAGUAUUGUAAAUAACAAUGAUUAUGAUGUAAUUUGCGAUGAGAAAAUAUAUUGUCCAAUAUUUCCCUGUUAUGGACUUAUUUUUGAAUCGUGUGAAUUUUAAUAUGAAUUGUUUUUUUUAGUAGUUAAAUAUUCUCUUAAAUUAGAAGAAAUUUUAUUGUACAGAAAUAAUUUUGAAAGCUUUAUUUUUAACUACACAUACAUUUUUUUUGGGAGGGGGUUCAAAACUGCCAAAGAACUCUGAAUGGUUGUUUAAAACUUUUUUAUGUAUCAUAAUUCUUUAAAUUUUAUAUUCAAGUAUUUUUCAUUGAUAACUAAUCAUUUGUAAGUAAUUAAUUUAUCUUAUAAGUUAUUGAUUUUAUUUAUUUUUUUUGUCUAAUUUUAGAAACAAGUAUUGUUCGAUGUUUUUGUUGCCUUUAAAUUAUAAAUUAUUUUAAAAAUCAUAAUAUUGCAUUAUGAAUUCAUUGUUUUUUUUUUUAAUUUUCAUAAUUUUACUUCUAUAUUGCUUUAAUGAAAUGUUGUAUAGUUAUUUUGUAUAGUUUCAUAAACAAACCGAAUCAUUAAUAAUAUAAUUAAUUAAUUAGAAGCAACUUGAUAACAUACACUUUGAAAAAUAUAAUAUUUUAUCACUAGAAAUUGUUGCAAAUCAUGCAACGACAUAUUGGUGCAUCAUGGUGGGAGAGAAAGCAGACAAAAUAAAAAUUGCCGUGACUGGAUUUAUUGAAUUUAAAUACGUUAAAUAUUAAAACUAAUUUGUUCUAUUUUUAUGAAAUGUUAUGUAUAUUUCGUAUAUGUAUAAGACCUACACUAAACGAAUACUUAAUUGUAGAUUUUUUUUUACCAAUAUUUGGUAGUUGGUUAAAAAAAUAAAAAAUUA